GCCGAAUCUCGUCUCUUCUCCCGGUAGGGCAUUCCUUGCCUGGCCCGGCCCCUGGGGACAACCACGCCCCUCGCAGUUGUGGAGGCGGAGCGACUGCAAAUCUCUUGGAAGGUCUUAUUUACUUCCUCAGCAGGCUGAGAAACAGAUAACAGUUUUCAGAAUCAUUUGGUAAAACUUCGCAACUGACCUGGAAAAAGAACAAAAAUGAUAGUCCUUAGCCAACUGGGGCCUUGCUGUAUUGUGACACUUCAGUACAGAGUAGUCUAGAUGCAGCCCUGACUGGUAGAGGGCUAUCUAAGGGAUCUAUGAAGGUUUCUUCUAAGGUGAACUACAGCUGGCACCCAGCAUCUUCUUUCUCUUCUUCAGUGCCAACUGUGAAGCUCUUUAUUGAUGGGAAAUUCAUUGAAUCCAAAAGUGACAAAUGGAUUGACAUCCACAACCCAGCCACCAAUGAAGUCAUUGGCCGGGUGCCUCACUCUACCAAGGCUGAGAUGGAUGCAGCCGUUGCCUCCUGCAAACGUGCUUUUCCUGCCUGGGCAGACACAUCCAUACUCAGCCGUCAGCAGGUCCUGCUCCGCUAUCAACAGCUUAUUAAGGAAAACUUGAAAGAAAUCGCCAAGUUAAUCACACUAGAACAAGGGAAAACCUUAGCAGAUGCUGAAGGAGAUGUAUUUCGAGGCCUUCAGGUGGUGGAGCAUGCCUGCAGUGUGACAUCCCUCAUGCUGGGAGAGACCAUGCCAUCCAUCACCAAAGACAUGGACCUCUAUUCCUACCGCCUGCCCCUGGGGGUAUGCGCAGGCAUCGCUCCGUUCAAUUUUCCUGCCAUGAUCCCCCUCUGGAUGUUUCCCAUGGCCAUGGUGUGCGGAAAUACCUUCCUGAUGAAACCAUCAGAGAGAGUUCCCGGAGCAACCAUGCUUCUUGCUAAGUUGCUGCAGGACUCAGGGGCCCCUGAUGGAACACUGAACAUCAUCCACGGACAACAUGAAGCUGUAAAUUUCAUCUGUGAUAAUCCGGACAUCAAAGCAAUCAGCUUUGUGGGCUCCAACCAGGCAGGAGAGUACAUCUUCGAGCGAGGAUCAAGAAACGGCAAGAGGGUUCAAGCCAAUAUGGGAGCCAAAAACCAUGGGGUGGUCAUGCCAGAUGCCAAUAAGGAAAAUACCCUGAACCAGUUGGUCGGGGCAGCAUUUGGAGCUGCUGGUCAGCGCUGCAUGGCUCUUUCAACAGCAAUCCUUGUGGGAGAAGCCAGGAAGUGGCUGCCAGAGCUGGUGGAGCGUGCCAAGAACCUGAGAGUCAACGCAGGAGACCAGCCUGGGGCUGAUCUUGGCCCCCUGAUAACUCCCCAGGCCAAAGAACGAGUCUGUAACCUGAUUGAAAGUGGACCAAAGGAGGGCGCUUCCAUCCUUCUUGAUGGGCGAAAAAUUAAAGUGAAAGGCUACGAAAAUGGUAACUUUGUUGGACCAACCAUCAUCUCAAAUGUAAAGCCAAAUAUGACCUGUUACAAAGAAGAGAUUUUUGGUCCAGUGCUUGUGGUUCUGGAGACGGAAACAUUGGAUGAAGCCAUCAAGAUCGUAAAUGACAACCCGUAUGGAAAUGGAACAGCCAUCUUCACUACAAAUGGAGCCACUGCUCGGAAAUACUCCCACCUGGUGGACGUCGGACAGGUGGGAGUGAAUGUUCCCAUUCCAGUGCCUUUGCCAAUGUUCUCAUUCACUGGUUCUCGAUCUUCCUUCAGGGGAGACACCAACUUCUAUGGCAAACAGGGCAUCCAGUUCUACACUCAACUAAAGACUAUCACAUCUCAGUGGAAAGAAGAGGAUGCUACUCUUUCAACACCUGCUGUAGUCAUGCCUACCAUGGGCCGUUAGAAAGAAACCUGGGACAGACUCAGCCGACCUCAAGUAACCUCCUUUGGUCUUGCCCAGUCCAUUUGCCACCUUGCUCGGAUCGGAUCCUGGGGAUCGGCAUCCAUUGUAACUGAACUCUUUCUCAGGACUAAUGCCUCCUUUUUUCAAAGUUGCUGUAGGGAGACUCCUCGUGUAAUCAUGAAACUAGAUUUUCACUUGCUUUUCAUUCUUCUUUUCUGAAGUAACUGUUUUAAUUGUGAAAUGUUUAUCUGAAAUAAGAGCACAGAGCAGUUUUCU